GUAUAUUAUGAUUAUUAUUUUAUGGAAUAAAUUUAGUAAAAUAUUCUUACAAAAAUCCCGCAGAAGUACAACUAAUUGUAGAAAUUUGUAAUAAAAAUAAAAGUAAAAAAUGUCAACCAAACCUUUUUUUUUUUUUUUUUUUUGUCUCUCUCUAAAAACAGUGAAUUUUUUUUUAUUUUAUUACUUCUCUACUUUUCUAAUAGAAAUCCAAAACUUUAUAGACAUUAAAGAAAUAAAAAAAAAAAAUAGAAAACAUAACAUGCGGUGGCAACAAUAAUUAUUUAUUUAUUUGUAUAUUUUAGACCAAAAAAAAAAGUUACCAACUACAAAAUAUUUUCUCAUCCACAAGUUAUUGAAAAAAAAAAUGUUUGUAAAAAAAAAAAUUUGGACACGCAUGAUAGUGAUGUAACAAACAGAGUGAUCCCUGCCCUACAAAUAAUGUAUUACAAUAAUCUAUUUCAGCAAAAAAAUAUACAAUUAUCUAUCCAAAAACACCCUCUUAGGAAAGAAAAAAAUGACUUCUCAUAGAACCAAAAACAUAUAUGAAAUCCAAAUCCCCAAAAAAUAUAUGAAUGUGAGGCUCUUAUUUACUCAUUUUGAUAACAUAGCAACAUCAUGGCCCAUACUAGAAGACUUUUCUAGACACACAAAAAAAAAAAAAAAAGGGGGGCCAUGAAGAAGAAGGCAGGGCAGCUUGAAGGUGAUGAACAACAAAAACAAGUUGAAAUUCUCAAGGCUGUGGCACAGGCUUGGCAUAGUCACUCAGGGAGUUCUAGACCCAUGAAUGAGUUUGAUGCCCAUCGGAGGAACUUCAAUGGCAAACCUUCCAGAUUCAAGAUUGAAGCAAUGGGUAAGAGAGCAGCUGAGAGAAAUGGUUCUUGUGGAACUUGGGACUUUAAGCAAUCACUUUGGGAUUCAUAUGAGAUUGUAACAAUGUCCAAAAGCCCCAGGUGUUCUGCAUUGAACAGAUGGUUACUUCCAAAAUGCACUAUUGUUUCACUGUUGUAUAGUCAGUUGAUCAACUUUCCAUCAUCAUCAAAUCUUGUACUCAAAACAUUUGGUGGAAUAUGAAAUUGCCAACAAGUGGAGAACUUUGCCAUAGGAUUCUUCUUAAAUAUUAUCUAGAGGUAUAAACCUAGUGGAUAUUGAAAAGGGUAUGUUAUUCCCAACACAAAGAUUGUGCAUUCUGAAAAGGGCAUGUGAUUUCAACAAUAAUAUUUUAUGGGAGGUCCUGGACAUCUUGCAAUAAGUUUCAAGCGAUUAACAUAUGAUAAUAGAUAGUUCAGUAGCAGUUGUUUGGAAGAAAAGAAAAUUCUGCUAAGACUGCAAGAGGUAGGCACAGGAAGGGGAAAGAUAUUAAUUCAUAUGUGGCAUAUCUAUUGCUUGGUUUAACAUAUAAAAUACUUAAAAGAGCUCUAUAUUCAAUUGUAAAACCCCAUUUCUUCU